AUGGCGACCACAAAUAUAACGGGAAGUGGAACACAUCCGCAAACAUUUGAGGCAUCGCUUUGUUCCCCGGUUUGGGUAGGUGAGUUUAAAAAACAGUCCAUUUCAUUCUCAGCAGUCAACACUCUAUUCUCCAUCACAGCGAUUCUGGGGAACUCUCUUAUCCUUGUUGCCCUUCACAAGGAAUCCUCCCUGCAUCCACCAUCCAAACUCUUGUAUCGUUGUCUGGCAACAACUGAUUUGUUGGUUGGUCUCGUUAGCCAGCCUCUCUAUGUUACUUAUUGGAUGUCCUUGGUUCACAAACACUGGAGUCUUUGUCGAUACGCAAGGGAAGCAAUCGUCAUAUCAAGCUAUGUAUUAUGUGGAGUGUCUUUGUUGACGAUGACAGCCAUAAGCGUAGACCGACUUCUCGCCAUGUUGUUAGGACUGAGAUACAAAGAGAUUGUAACUUUGAGGCGCACGUAUAUUAUUUUAGCUAUCUUUUGGGUUGUAUGUAUAGUCACUAGUUUAUUCUCUCAUCUUAACUACCGUAUAGCUGUUUCGAGCAGCUUGAUAAUUACACCAUCUUGCGUGGUAAUCUCAAUCGCCUCGUACACAAAGAUUUUCCGCGCUCUCAGACAUCAUAAGGCUCAAAUACAAGAUUAUGCUCAACAACAGCCGAGCCAACUAAAUGCACUGAACAUGGCGCGAUACAGAGAGGCAGUACACAAUGCACUAUGGGUGCAGUUAGCUUUAGUUGUCUGUUACAUACCACAAUUUACGAUGAAAAUUGUGAAAUUUCUUAGUGUACAGAUAUUUUCGAAUUUCUUCAUAAUCCACGAAAUGGCAAAUGUCUUGAUGUUCUUUAACUCUACUUUAAACCCGUUCCUUUACUGCUGGAAGAUAAGUGAAGUAAGACGAGCAGUAAAGCAGACAAUCAGACAAGCAAUCUGCUAUGCAGAGGGGUAGACCUUUUUUAGCGUUGGCAUGGACUGUUCCUUCUUUAGCUUAUUUGAAAAUUAUAAUUAUUAGAUGAGAGGAGAAGAUAUGCAAUUUCAUGAUAAAAAGAGUAAGGAAAAAUAUAAAGAGCUACUUCUAAAAAGCACACUGCAGUAGCACAUUCGAAUUAUCUAACGAACAACUAACAAGUGAAAAAUUGUAGUUUAAUAGCCAUAACAAAACAAUAACGUGUCUUUAAUUUGCAUAUUGUAGUGAAGUAGUGAAGGCUAUAAUUUUGAAUGAGUAUGCGAUUAGGAUUUUGCUUCAUGAUCAAGAUUUUAGAAAAUACGUCAUUCGCCAUGCCGCUGAUUAUGAAAUAAUCAGCGACAUGCCGAAUGUUUUAGUUUUCUUUAACUCCACUUUAAAACGUUUCUUUACCAUUGGAAGUUCAGAGAUAUAAAACAAGCAGUAAAGUUGACAAUCGGACAAGCAAUUUGUCAUGCAUAAGUUUCGACCUAUUUCAAUAUUUACUCGUUCCGUUUCUUCCAAGGCUACUUAACUGUUAUGGUUGUUAGGAGAAAGGAGAGGAUAUAACAUCUGAUAAAAAGAGUAAGGAAAAAAUAAAGAGCUACUUCUAAUUUGCAUAUUGUAUUCAAGUUAUCUCAAGAACAACUGAAAGGUAAAAAUCUUAGUUUGUUAGCUAUAUCACAAGGAUAUUAUGUGCCGAAUUCGCACACUUAUAAUGAAGCAAUGGACACUAUUCUUUUUUGAGCAGAAUGUGCUUACGGUUUUGCUGAUUUGUCAAAACUGGAUGAGAUAUGUCACUUUGUUUACGGAUAGUAACAGGAGCCACGGACUCGAUUUGUUUAAGGCAAAAAUUUUGUAAAUAUGUAGACUUUGUUUUCAUCUAUUUAAAUUUAUCACUAUUUUCACAUAGAUUUAUCGUUUGAGACCAAUCCCUUGCCAGAGAGCAAGUUCCCAAAUUAUGACAGAAGACAGUUAUGAUAAGAAAUAAUUAAAAAAAACUCUAACACGUUUGAUUAGACCAGCUGUUUUUUUUUAUUAUGUUACCAGCAUCAAUUAAGACUAUUUAUCGAGUGCAAAAUUGAAAGACACUUUUGAUAAGAAAUAAUUAAAAAACUCUAACAUGGUUGUUUAGACCAGUUGUUUUUCAUCAUGUUUUCAGCAUCAAUUAAGACUAUUUAUCGAGUGCAAAUUUGUAGUCCUCAGGUUAUCCAUCAAUUUCUUUGAGCAGGUAAUUUUAAAAGCACUUUUAUUACCAAAUUCGAAUAUUAAAGAAGAUUUCUUGACUUUAUUACAAACCGUGUACAUACAGCUGGUCUUAUGAGAAAACAUUCUCUCAUUUAAUGACAUUCGAGUUCAAAAGCCGCUAUUCACGCGCUCUCGAAUGCCUACCACUGCUUCUAAUUAAAAAAGGUUUUUAUGACAGCUCACCACUGCAAAUCACUUCCGCGCUUGAAUUUCAUCUGAUAGUCAAAACAUUAUUUAUGUCAUUCAACUUCUGAAAAAAAAGCGUGUUUUGAAAGCUAUAAAUAUUUGUUUCAAAAAGUACUACGCUCGAAUCUAUUUCAUGUGGUUCCCUUUAACAAUUCGCGUUUGUCCUCGAGAUCGCUAUGAAUAUCAAGGAAUCAGUGACAGGUUGUAUGUAAAUUUUUGACGAGUGAAAUAACAUGAAAAAGUUAGCGUUGCCAUAAAUGUCAUGAAUGUCAUGAAUGUCAUAACGGAAGGUAAAUCUCAUAAAUAAAAUGAGAAUAAAUAAAUUUUGUCAGUAAUAUUUAAAAGUUCAAAUUUAUUUAUCGAUGGACUGAUUUCCGAGCGUGAUUUCUAGAUAUCGUAGACUUAUAUUCUAAAGGACUUCAGAUAAUUUUAAAAAUGUUCAUUUAUUUACUUUGACUUGCUGAGUUAAGAGCUAAGCUAGGCAAGCCAAGCUGAUACUAAUCUUUCAUUAGAAUAUGAUGAACUGACCUAGAAUGUCCCAGGCUGUUAGAAAUAUCUCUAUAAGCAGAGCUCAUAUUUAGCUGCUGUUGUUAGAUAGCCUUUUUCAGGGGUUCAUUUAGUAAAACGGAGCGAAAUGGUAUACGGUACGAUAGCAGCGGUGGAGUGCAAAACGGGGAAGGCUUGGGUCAGGCCCAUGAAAUGAUUGAAUAUUUUUAUUUGGUGGCAAAGCCGUCUUGUAGAUAAAAUGGCUUGUACAGUUUUUCAAAAAAAAACUAAAACAAAACCUUGGCUAAAGAAUAUGGUAUUGGUGAACAUAGACUCGCCCAAAAGGAAAUUCUCAAAUUGCUUCCUAACCGAAGGGAAUAUGUGCUGUUACCUUUUUGGAUGUCAGUCUGCCGUACGUAUGUGAUUAUAAUUCCGUCUGAAAAGUUCCGAAAUCAUAGCGUUGGCAUAAGCACCUUGUUCGUCUGUCGAGGCUUUCGAUGAUAGUUUUUCUUAGUCAAAGACUAAUGUUUUCACAAUUUCUUUCGAAACAAGGGUCACAGAGAGUGUAAAUUUGUCCCUGUUAUACAAUGCUAUAUCCAAAAUAUCGUUUGCAAAUUUGAUAAAAAGGUAACUAAGACAAACAGGAUUGUUCAUUAGGAAAGUUCCUCUUAAAACCGGUGAUAAUUUGCACACAGAAUGUCUCCUAUGGGAGGAAUGUUUGAAUUAUUUAUGAUCUUUUCAGGAACAUUUCAACCCUUUGGUUUAUGUUGAGACUUUUCAGGGUAUAACGGCAAAAUAAAUAGUCCUUGAAUUUCUUUUCGCUGAAAAAUUGAUUCCCUGUUAGGAUGGUCAUCAAAUGCAAGGUACACAUGCCAACCUCUGGGGAAUUUUAAUAUGUCUGUGGCACAAACAACACUUGAGAUCGUUUGCGCAAUUCAAAUAGGGUAAAUGAUACCGUUUAAAUGCUUGAGUAUACAUGCAUUAUUUAGAGGUGAUAUUCAAGCCACAGUGGAUGUGAAGUUGUUGUGAAGGCGAGAUAUCUCUGUAGAUACUGAUGAUGCCCAGUACAAAUCUAACAGCAUUCGAAAGGCAAACAAAAACAUUUGAAGACCUAGUUUGCUCGCCUGUUUGGCAGUUGGAUUGCAACAAAAUUUGAUUUAUUUAACGGCAGUCCACAAUCUCCCCUUAUUCAUUGCAUUUUUUGGGAACCAUCUCAUCCUUGUUGCCCUUCACAAAGUAUAUCCCCUUCUUCCGCCGUCCAAACUCUCGUAUCGUUGUUUGGCAACAGGGGUUGAAGAUGUUGCGCCAUAGCAAAUGGUGGCAUUUUUAACUUUAGAUAUUGCAAUGGGAAUUAUAUACCACUCAGAUGUCAAGAGUUGUUGUUUAUAGACUCCAUACUUUAUCAUCCUUGGUUCACUUUCAUAAUGAACAGGGACAGAUUCCUUCAAAUUCUCUAUUACCUUCAUCUGACUGAAAGUCAAAAUAACACUUGGAAUAACAAACUUUUCAAACUGAGACCAGUGUUGGAUUAUGUAGUAAGACAGUGCAAAAAGCACUACUACCGAAGGCGUGAUGUAUCAAUUGAUGAGUGAAUGAUUGGUACAAAAUGCAAAACAGGAUUUGGCUGGUACUUGCCUUUAAAACCAACUAAAUGGGGCAUAAAGGUUUGGGUUACGGCAGAUUCAAUGACAGGAUACUGCUGUAAUCUACAAAUAUACACGGGUAGGGAAGGAAAUCACGCAGAGAAAGGCUUAGUAAACAGGGUGGUGAAAGAUGUUAUGGUAGACUAUCAAGGACUUGGUCAUCGGAUUAAUGUUGACAUCUUUUAUACUUCUCCUAAGCUAUUCAAGGAUCUCUAAAUGCACUGAAGUCUGGCUUGUGGUACAGUGAGAAGUACUAGAAAGGGUGUGCCCCCAACAUUAAAAGAAAAUGUUAACCAGAAUAAAUACAUGGGUGUUGUGGACCAUAAUGACCAACUGUUGGUGUGAAAUGUGAUACACACCUUUGUGAGCAUCCAUGCUUUCAAAAGUGGCACACCCUUUCAAGGCUAAAAUAGGUUUGCUUUCUUGCUGUUUUUGCCAGAUUAUAGUAACAGCACUUUCUUUAUAAAGAAUUAAAAGGCUUUGAUGUAAUUUCGGGUGGAAAAGCCACAGACAGAAUUUAUUUUAGUUAUUUUCCAUGCGUUAGGUUCUUCAAUUUCAAUUUAUAUUUGCACAUUUAUAAAUACCGAGGGUCUGUCAGGAAAUAAUUAUUUUUUUAUUUGAAAAAACAUCUGUUGAACUAAAAAUUGUACCAUAUGAAAAACUGAUUAGAUAUUCUUUCUCAUAAUGUAUAAAUUUUUUUUCUAAUGGGCAGAACCUCUGGGGAAAAAAUAGUAUAAAUCAAGAAAUUAUGAUUUAAUUUGCAUAAACUGCAUUGAUUAUGUCGUACAAAUUAGUUACCAUGGAGACUGAAGAUAAUUAUUUGUUUAUGUUUAUGACCCCACGAUGUUUACAAUUGUAUAAGCUUUCUAACAAUGUACAGCAUUUCUACAAUGCAUCCAAGUGGACUUUUUUUUAUAAAAGGAUUAAUGUUAUACACAUAUGAAACUUUUUUAUUAUUAUUUUCUAUCAAAAAAUUCAGAUUGGAAAGGGUUAAAGACUGCUCAAGGAAAGUGGCAGAAAGGAGAUCUGGGCCCCUAUUUGUUGACCUAAGAUUUAAGUUAAGUUGCAUCCCUUCGCAUGUUGACGAUUAGCACAAUUGUUCACGUCAGAUACCGUGUGAUUCAGUAUAUUUAUUGCAUUGCAAUGUCAGAGCUAGAAUGGAUGUCACAUUUUGCAGGACGUAUUUCAUAUUAGUUAAUCCUUUACAUCGUGAGUAAUAUUACUCCACGAUGCAUCGAUCAAUUCGAAACUUCAACAUCCCCUUAUCCUGGGCAACCCACGGGCAUUAGACCGUUGUCCGUGCCCGAGGGGUGGGGAAUUUGAACCUUGGCUGGCUGAGUAGUGAAAUUUGAGCCGCACGCUUCAAGUCUUUCUAGCGAUAGACAAGUGCUGUAUCUUUAAAUUUGGAGGUGUUUAAAGGCAAAAAGUUACCUUUUGCGACCGAAUGGCUUUGAAGAAAAGGUCUCUCAGAUCUUGGGAGGGGGGGAGGGGGGGAAGGGGGUGCCCGAGGGGGGAAUUUUGUAGCUUCGAAGCAUCCAAUCAAUCGACACAUUGGUAAACAUAGACACAUUGGUAAACAUAGGUAACGCAAUACACAUUUGAACCGCGCUCGUUUAUAAACUACUGCUUGGGAAAUCAAACCCAAAAUGAGGCAAUUUGGUAUAGAAAUCUGCACAACAACUGUGAGUAAGCCUUAAAAAUCAGGGUUUUCAAUUUGUAUUGACAGGGUUGCAAAUCAGCAAAAAAAGCUUUACUUCAUUCGUUAUUAGCUGGAAAAAUGUUUGUUUAGUCAAGAAAUUCGAUUCUCUAUCAUUUACAGCAAAUGUAGACUAGCGCAUAAUUUGAUUCGAUUUUUAUUUCCACACAGACCAACAUGCACAAGGUAAAUCAUUUUGUAACCGGAAGUCUCCUCUUUGAGACAGCCGAGCAAAGGAAAAUUGAGUAACUCACUUUAUCAAAGUCCUGAAAAUGGGGAGAUAAAAGUUGACUCGACCAACUGACGGUCUCCUUUCGAUAACCUUUUAUGAAGGUUUAUUUGAGUGAAGAAGAUUUUUUACGCUGUUUUGGGAAAUUAACCUGUCACAAACGCACUCUUUCCUUCCGCUCAUUACAAAUUCAAAUUCGCGUCGAAAAACCGUGUUUUUUUUCCUCUUUCGUGUGAAACAUCUUACCACCUUUGGGUAUUUUACAUAGUCAGGCGCCACUGAUGAACUUUUACUCUCUGUAAUUGCUAUUCAAAAUCUAAGGUUUAACUCAUCUUGACUUAAAGGGUGCUGUUAAGACAAAAUAUUCCUCGUUGUAACUAAGGAUAACCUGCGAUAGUGUGGAAACGACAGCAGGAUGAUGGCGACAACAAGUAUAACUGGAAGUGAAACACAGACAAAAAAAAUUUGACGGAUCGCUAUGCUCCCAAGUUUGGGCAAGUGAGUUUAAACAACAGUCCAUUUCAUUCUCAGCAGUCCACAUUCUCCUCUCCAUCACAGCAACUAUUGGGAAUUCUCUUAUCCUUGUUGCCCUUCACAAGGUAUCUUCGAAUUCCCUGCAUUCAUCAUCCAAACUCUUGUAUCGUUGCCUGGCAACAACAGAUCUGUUGGUUGGUCUUGUUACCCAUCCUCUCUAUGUUACCUAUUGGAUGUCCGUGGUUCACGAACACUGGAGUCUUUGUCGAUACCCUUUUGACGGAGGUGGCAUAACAGGCUUUGCAUUAUGUUCAGUGUCAUUGUUGACAGUGACGGCCAUAAGUGUGGACCGACUUCUCGCCCUGUUGUUGGGACUGAGAUACAAAGAGAUUGUUACUUUGAGGCGCACAUAUAUCAUUUUAGCUAUCGUUUGGGUUGUGUCUCUAGUCGCUGGUUUAUUCGAUCAUCUCGGAUACCAUAUAGCUUCUUGGUACAGCCUUAUAGGUAUAUCAUCUUGCCUAGUUAUUUCCAUCGCCUCGUACACAAAGAUCUUUUGCACUCUUAGUCAUCAUCAGGCUCAAGUACAAGAUAACGCUCAGCAACAACAGAGCCAACCAAAUGCACUGAACAUGGCGCGAUACAGAAAGGCAGUGCACAGUGCACUGUGGGUGCAGUUAGCUUUAGUUGUCUGUUAUAUACCCUAUUUUACGAUGGAAAUUGUGAUCCCUCCUAGUGAAGAGCGAGAUCGGAAUCGCAUCAUAAUUGAAGGGAUGGCAGCUGUCUUAGUGUUCUUUAACUCUACAUUAAAUCCGUUACUUUACUGCUGGAAGAUACGUGAAGUGAGACGAGCUGUAAAGCAGACAAUCAGACAAGCAAUCUGGUAUGCAUAAGGGGUAGACCUAUUUUAAUGUUAGCAUGUGCUGCUUCUUCUAUAGCUUAUUUUAUCGAGUUGCCUGAUGAGUCCACAACAUUUUGACCUCUAUAAUGACGAAUACUAAAGCCCAACCUUAUAUUAUAAAUAGCCGAAGACGAUCUGCAGAAAGAAAUUGUCCCAAGAGAAGGAGAAUUUUUAUUUUUAAUAGUGUUUGAAAUAAACUGUACACCGCUAGACCUAUUUUCAGACUUUUAGGCCACAAAGACUGAGUUUAAUGCGGUUUGAUCGGUAGGGAGCUUCUCAUUAUCUCAAAGUUCCAGCCAGGUGCGACACGUAGAGAGCAAGGAAAAAAAACGCAAACAUUUUUAGGGGUAACUAUACAUUUGUAACCAUACAUUAAUUUUGAACCGUUUUAUGUAAUCUAGUUUUCUGUUUUUCCCAAUACCGAUUAACGUUCACAAAAAAGGAUUUUUACCUUCACUUAAGAUAAUUCAUGACGUCCUGAGUCUGUGUAUGUCAUAUUAAAAGUCGACAAACCACCUUAUCAAUAAAUUUUUUCUUAGGUAAACAUAGUUUUUGUUGUCGAAUUCUGAAAGAACUCUAUUACAAAUGUAGAUUUCCUUGCCGCCUAUUUUCAAUUCAACUUCGAAGAAAAAUUCGGCCUCAUUUUUACUUUUUUCGUAUGACACAACAGACAGCUUGGCUGAUGAAGUCUUUAUGUAAUUGUUAUUCACAAAAUAAAGUUUGACUGAUCUUUACUUGGAGGGUGCUAUUAGGACGAAAUAUUCUCGUUUUACCAUUGAUAAUCUGCAAAAAAAGUGAAAACAACAAAAGGGUGUUGCUUUUUGCCUUUGGAUACUGCUGAUGUCGCUGGUUAAAGCUACAUUUUAGA